CACACCAUUGGAGAGAUUGGCCCUUUUUCCAACUCCACCUCUCUCUCUCUCUUCUUCCUUUUGCUAUACCUGUAAAGCAUCAGCAUCAGCACAAAUCUACAUUCUCUUCUUUGAAUCAAUGUUCAUAUAACAUCACUGCUGAUUAUUCUCACACAUUUCUUCUUCUUCUUUCUUCGUUUUGUUUUCUUAUCAUUUUUGGAUUCCACCGCUUUGAUCACUGCAAUUUUGGGAACAGCAAACUCAAUUGUGAUUUCAAAACUCCGAUAACGGAAUUUGAGAAAUUCUCUCGACGUUACGGGUUUAAAUGGUGAGCGUUUUUGGAGAUUGUUGUAGAUCGGAUUCAUUAUACAUCUCUUGUAGAUCUGAAUAAAGGAGAGGAUUAUGAUUACCGACCCAGAAAACGCAAUUUGAUUUCGUCAAUUCCCUCGAUUUCGAUUCCGAUCAUGUCGAGUCAUCACGGCGUUGAGCAUGUUGGUUUACCGACGAAAAUCGAAGCUAAGAAAUGUUGCAACCCGGUUAAGAAACCCGGACCCGUUUCCAUGGAUCACGUUCUUCUAGCUCUCCGUGAGACGAGAGAGGAGCGAGAUGUACGAAUCAGAAGCUUAUUCAACUUCUUCGAUUCUGAGAAUGUUGGGUAUCUGGACUGCGCCCAAAUCGAGAAGGGAUUGAUCGCGCUUCAAAUCCCUAGUGGCUACAAAUACGCCAAGGAGUUGUUUAGGGUUUGUGAUGCGAACCGAGAUGGACGUGUCGAUUAUCACGAGUUUCGUCGAUACAUGGAUGAUAAGGAGCUCGAGCUCUACAGGAUAUUUCAAGCUAUUGAUGUUGAGCAUAAUGGUUGCAUUUCUCCUGAGGGACUCUGGGAUUCGCUCGUUAAGGCCGGAAUUGAGAUAAAUGACGAGGAGCUCGCUCGCUUUGUGGAACACGUUGACAAGGACAAUGAUGGGAUCAUAAUGUUUGAAGAAUGGAGAGAUUUUCUCUUGCUGUAUCCUCACGAAGCCACAAUCGAAAAUAUAUACCACCACUGGGAAAGAGUAUGUCUCGUAGACAUUGGAGAACAAGCCGUCAUUCCAGAAGGAAUCAGCAAACAUGUAAAGAGGAGCAACUAUUUCAUUGCAGGUGGCAUAGCCGGUGCUGCUUCUAGGACUGCGACUGCACCUCUAGAUCGCUUAAAAGUUCUUUUGCAAAUUCAGAAAACCGAUGCUAAAAUCCGAGAAGCCGUGAAGACGAUAUGGAAGCAAGGUGGGGUUCGAGGUUUUUUUCGAGGUAACGGGUUGAAUAUCGUGAAGGUAGCACCAGAGAGUGCCAUCAAGUUCUAUGCAUAUGAGCUUUUCAAAAACGCUAUUGGCGAAAACAUGGGUGAAGACAAAGCGGAUAUAGGCACAGUGGCUAGACUUUUUGCUGGAGGUAUGGCUGGUGCAGUGGCUCAAGCCUCUAUAUACCCUUUGGAUCUUGUGAAAACUCGGUUGCAGACGUGCACUAGCGAAGCAGGUGUUGUUGGACCUAGGCUUGGAACGCUCACUAAAGACAUAUUGGUUCAUGAGGGUCCACGCGCUUUUUACAAAGGUCUUUUUCCUUCACUUCUCGGGAUUAUUCCUUAUGCUGGUAUCGACCUUGCUGCAUAUGAGACAUUAAAGGACUUGUCCAGGACAUAUAUUCUUCAAGACGCUGAACCAGGUCCGCUUGUGCAACUAGGAUGCGGAACAAUCUCAGGAGCUCUUGGAGCAACCUGCGUUUAUCCUUUGCAGGUUGUGAGAACAAGAAUGCAAGCGGAACGAACAAGGACCUCGAUGUCUGGAGUAUUCAGGAGGACAAUAAGCGAAGAAGGCUACAGAGCACUGUACAAAGGGCUUCUACCGAAUCUUCUAAAAGUUGUUCCUGCUGCAAGCAUUACCUAUAUGGUUUACGAAGCUAUGAAAAAGAGUCUAGAACUUGAUUAGUGGCUUCAUUUUGAUAUUGACGAAAGAGUGGAAAUAAUAAUAAAGAAAAAAUUAGAACCUAGAUAACCUAGGUUAUUUUUUAACAUACUUGAUUCUUCUAAUCAUCAUUUGUAUGAGAUAAUAAUACACUAUAGUAAUCUUGUUU